AGUCCGCGCGGGUCGUGCCCGCCGUAGACGGAUGAAGCGGCGCGCCGCGCCCCGGCGCUGAGGCCCGAGCAGCGGGGCGGCAGGUCGCCAGCCCCACCAUGAAGAAGACGCGGAGCACCACCCUGCGGCGCGCCUGGCCUAGCGCGGAUUUCUCGGACCGGGCCUCGGACCGCGUGAGGUCCCGCAGCGAGAAGGACUACCGCCUGCACAAGCGCUUCCCCGCGGCCUUCGCGCCGCAGGCUGCGCGGGGCUACAUGACAUCAGGUGAUGUGUCACCAAUCAGUAUGUCUCCCAUCAGUCAAUCUCAGUUUAUUCCACUCGGGGAAAUCCUUUGCUUGGCCAUCUCAGCAAUGAACGCGGCACGGAAACCUGUCACCCAAGAAGCACUGAUGGAGCACCUGACGACAUGUUUCCCAGGUGUUCCGACGCCCAGCCCAGAAAUCCUCCGGCACACGCUGAACACGCUGGUGCGGGAGCGCAAGAUCUACCCGACUGCAGAUGGCUACUUCAUCGUGACCCCCCAGACCUAUUUCAUAACGCCGUCCCUCAUAAGAACGAACAGUAAAUGGUACCACUUGGACGAGAGGAUACCUGAUAGGUCCCAGUGUACCUCUCCCCAACCCGGAACCAUCACGCCCUCUGCCUCAGGCUGUGUCAGGGAAAGGACAUUGCCCAGAAACCACUGCGACUCUUGCCAUUGCUGUAGGGAAGACAUGCAUAGCAUGCACGCGUCGACUCUGCAGAGGAAAUCUGCCAAGGACUGCAAGGACCCUUACUGCCCCCCCUCCCUCUGCCAGGUGCCACCCACUGAAAAGAGCAAAAGUACUGUAAAUUUUUCUUAUAAGACAGAAACGCUAUCGAAGCCUAAAGACAGUGAAAAGCAGUCCAAAAAAUUUGGCCUCAAGUUAUUCCGGCUAAGUUUUAAGAAGGACAAGACCAAACAGCUGGCCAAUUUCUCUGCCCAGUUUCCUCCGGAAGAGUGGCCCCUGAGGGACGAGGACAUGCCGACGACGAUCCCCAGGGAGGUGGAAAUGGAGAUCAUCAGGCGCAUUAACCCGGACCUGACCGUGGAAAAUGUCAUGAGGCACACCGCACUGAUGAAGAAACUUGAGGAAGAAAAAGCCCAUCGGAGUAAAGCCGGGUCUUCUGCCCAUCACAGCGGGCGGAGCAAAAAGAGUAGGACUCACCGGAAGUCCCAUGGGAAAUCGCGGUCGCACAGCAAGACGCGCGUGUCGAAGGGAGACCCUUCGGACGGUUCCCAUCUGGAUCUCCCCGGGGGGAGAGAGUUUGACUUCUGUGACCCUCUGACCAGGGUGCCCAGGGAGGGCUGCUUCAUCAUUGAGCACAAAGGAGAUAACUUCAUCAUGCACGGCAACGCCAACGUGAUCGAGUCCCAUUUCCCCAUGACGCCAGAAUGGGACGUGUCUGGCGAGCUGGCCAAAAGGAGAACCGAGAUGCCUUUUCCGGAACCUUCCCGGGGCAGCUCCCACUCUAAAGUGCACCGGAGCCACAGCCAUACCCAGGACCGGCGGUCCAGGAAUGAGAGACCCGGCAAAGCCAAGGAGCGGUCCCGGUCCAUGGACAACUCCAAAGGGCCCCUGGGUGCUUCUUCUCUCGGCACCCCCGAGGACUUGGCGGAAGGCUGUAGCCAAGACGACCAAACGCCCAGCCAGUCGUACAUCGACGACAGUACCCUGCGGCCCGCGCAGACUGCCAGCCACCCAAGGGCUCACCUUUCAUCCGCGAGCUAUAAAGAGGUGUGCAUUCCCGAGAUAGUCAGCAGCGGCAAGGACCCUUCCAGUGCUUGCAGCCUCCUGGAGCCAGGAAAGGCACUAGAGAGUUUACCGUCCUAUGGAGACCCCAACUCCUGUCCUGCAAAAACGGCCACAGAUGACUAUUUCCAGUGCAACACCUCGAGCGAGACAGUGCUCACAGCUCCCUCGCCUCUGGGGAAGAAUAAGGAGGACCACGACACCCUGACCCUGGCGGAAGGGGUGAAGAAGCUGCCUCCGUCCGACAGGCAGACCCCCCACUGCUCCAGGGAACCUCUGGGGCACAAGGAGGAGUCCCCUAAGGGGCCGGGUGGGGGCCCAGCAGCCUCUGGCUCAGUGGCCGAAGGGAUGGCCAACGGCCGCGUCCUGCAGCACCACGGCGCGGAGCCCAGCAGCCUGGACAAGAGGAAAGAGAUAUUCAGCAAGGACACCCUCUUCAAACCUCUUCACAGCACCCUGUCCGUCAACAGCUAUCACAAGUCCAGCCUGUCCCUCCUCAAAGCUCACCCGAAGACACCUGCCGACACACUGCCAGGCCGAUGUGAGAAACUCGAGCCGUCCCUGGGCCCCUCGGCCACCCAGGCCCUGCCGGCUUCCCAGCGCCAGCAGGAGUCAGGGGGCAACCAGGAGGCCUCCUUCGACUAUUACAACGUCUCUGAUGACGACGACUCGGAGGAAGGGGCCAACAAAGCCACGGAGGAGGAGAAGAAUCGAGACGACGUCGGCACCAUGCAGUGGCUCCUGGAGCGGGAGAAGGAACGGGACUUGCAAAGGAAAUUUGAGAAGAACCUCACCCUCCUGGCCCCGAAAGAGGCCGACGGCGGCAGCAACCAGAGAGCCACCCACUCGGCGCGGCUCGACAGCAUGGACAGCAGCAGCAUCACUGUGGACAGCGGAUUCAACUCCCCACGCACUCGAGAGAGCCUGGCUUCCAACACUUCCAGCAUUGUUGAAAGUAACCGGAGGCAGAACCCUGCCUUGAGUCCCGCCCACGGUGGAGCCGGCCCCGCCUUCAACUUCCGAGCGAGCACGGACCCGCCCACCAACGACGCCGAGAAAUUACCGAAACCCUCCAGCUGCUUGCAAGCUUCUGUUACUAGUGUGUGAUAGUCAUUCGGCCUCGUCUCCUGUCGCGUUGGAUACAGCAACGUUUACGACACUGGGACUGACGUUUACAUCUUUGGAAGGACAAGCAUCUCAACCACAGUUUUUGUGUUUACUUAAACUGUGCUGCUAAGUAGGCUAGGGCAAAACAAAACAACACACACACACACAGAAAUCUUUAUUUCAGAGUAUUGCUUUUCACAGAAUAGCAGUAGGGGUGAUUGUAUACUUUGUUCUUUAGCAACAGAAUAGCAGUAGGGGUGAUAUGUAUACUUUGUUCACUAAUUGUAGCCGAGCACACAUAGAAAAGUCUAGACACUGUCAGUGUAAUCUGCAUUUUCAAUGUCAUGCCGUUGCCAAUUCCAUUUUAAAAUGCCACAGAUGCUGGUUGCUCCCAGUCUGCGGUUAGAUGGUGCCACAGAACUGAUCCUGGACACUUCCAAAAACAAAACUAAACAAAAACCUAACUAAGCCACCACAAAAUGUAAAAGGCAAGGGUCCACCUCAAAGGAAAACCAAUGCCAAACCAGAAGGGACCCCAGCCCGUGGGUGUGAAACGUUUCUGCCCCAGGCAUUCUCACUGUGAGUUGUCGUGAUUGAAGUCCUGGCAGUGUUUGUUCGUGGGGGGUUGUGUUCAAGUGCAACAGAUGCUGGUCUGAUUCUUAACCUUCCAUGAUCACAAACAGGAAUAUAGGCCUCUCCAUCUGAAGCGGACAAAGGAAGGAAGGAAGGAAGGAAGGAAGGAAGGAAGGAAGGAAGGAAGGAAGGGAAUUCCCAAGUGGACCAACUGGGUCACAGUCCCAAGUGAUGGGAGAGGUAAUGUGGACUGUGAAAUGGUAUUAAUCAAAUAUUUAAGGAAGAUCAUUUCCUCCUUGUGAAACUUAUGAUCCUAUCUUACUAUACAGAUACAAUAAUUAGUUUGUUUAAAAAGCAAAUUGUUCUUUGUGAUACAAAUGAAGAGUGUGGCCUGAGGACGUUAUUCUUUCUAAUGGAAGGAUAUAAAUCUAUUUUAUGUAGUUUUAAAUAGAAUGCCUAAAUUAGGCUGUGGGAGAUGAUUUUUAGUGGUUAUAGGAAAGAGCAAAUUUAGGGAGAGUUGAACAGCAGGCCUUUUAUUCCUGGGAAGAUAUCUAUAGAGAAAAGUUUAAAAUAAUUUUUGAUUAGAAAUAUACAUGUGCCCAUGUAAUUAACAACAGAAUGUGCUCAUUCUGCAAAUGUGGUAUAAUCAUAAUUUGUAUUCCCCUGAAAUUUAUUAUGGUAACAAUUAUGCAUACAAGAACUAUGCCAGAGUAAUGUUUACAGAUACUUUGUAACAAUUUCAAGAGGCAGUUUUAGGCAGAUGUAUUAUUAGCUGAACUUAUUUCAAGAUGGUUUGGUAACAUUUUUAGUUUGGUUUGCAAUAUCAUGUUGGAUAUAAAAACGACUCUCAACAGUAAAAGGGUACAAAUAAUCAAUUUUCAACCUUAUAUGGGACAGAGAUAUUUCAAAAUCCCUGUUUUAUUUUAUGAGGGUAAUUGAAUCAAUCUGAUAGGAAUGAAAAGGUUUUUUUCUUUUUGGCAAUGGGUUACAUAUGACACCGGUGAAUUGUCUGUCUGACAUAAGGUGAUUUUUGUUUACUUACUUUUCCUUUUUUUUUUUUUGUACAGUCACGAGAACAUUUGCAGUCAUAUAGCAGAACAUAUGUGACACAAAAUAAAUAUAAAAUAUUUAAGUAAUUGGCAAACUAUUUGUGAAACACUUCUGCUUCAGUAUUACAGAAUUACUACAACUCAGUUUAAGAACGCAAUCACAGGAUGUAGUCAGAGAUCUUUUUUGUUUUUUUUUAAAUGGGAUACUCUCUCAUGCUUUUGCAGAUAUUUGGAAGUUGCCCACAGUCAAACUGGACCCCCACCCUCAAAGUUUAGCAUAUCUGUGUGUGUGUGUGUGUGUGUGUGUGUGUGUGCUUGCCGCAAAUGUAAGCACAUUCCCUAGUAACUCCCACACUAGUUAACUGUUGAAGGAAGUCGGGUUCCAGGCUCCUGCCAUCUUUUCUCCAAGGCAGGCCUGGAAUGCUCAAAAAUGCCUUGUUUGUCUCAUUCCUUGAAUAUGUCCAGAAAGAACAAUAGAUAGUACACCUCAUAGACUCCAGAAUCUCUUUCUUUGGGGAGUUGUAUACCAUACGCUUACUACAUGUUUUUUUCUGCCCAGAUUAUUAUUUUUUUUUGCAAAAGCCUGCUCUCUAGUUUUUAUCAUACUAUCAGUUCAUAAAUACUAAAACCAUUGACACAAUACAUCAGCCUCUUGUUGAACCUCUGGAAGUAGCCAUGGUAAUAAACUCCGUGUGAACAGGAAAGGAAAGUAUUACCCCUAAGAGAAGCUUUAAAAUAUAAAUAUAUCAAUAUUUCAGAAGAAAUAGGUUUACAAAAGAUGCUAUUCAAAUAAAAUGUGUACACUCUGCCUGACGCGAUAGGGUACUUGAUUUUGUUUUUGCUUUCUUUCGAAAGGAAAAGUCCCUCUUAGACCAGCAGCGGCUGGCACAGAUGGGAUGGGCUUUAAAGAGGAUACAAAGUAAGCAGACGUUUCAUGUAGAAACAUUCUGGUCUGAAUCAAAUUGGGGAUUUUUGAAUGGGGGUGGUGAGGUAGCAGGAAAUGCAUUAUAAAUGUAAUCCAGGCUGGCCGGCCUUGGGGUCCCCACUGAUCAGUCAAUCCAUGCAGGCCCACUUCAAGAGUUCCCUAACAUCCGCCUCCUCCGGGGAACUGAUGGCUUUGUGUGAACUGGGCUGCUUAUCUUGUAUGUAUUCGCUUAGAGUUUAUCAACAGAAAGGUUUACAAAACUGAAUUGGGUUGAAUUUCUGCAUAGUGUUCAACUUUCAAGGGUCAACACAUCUGUCGGCAUUUUGCACACUUAUGUAUUAUUAUGAUACAGCAUAUUACUUUAUGGUAAUUUUUAUUUUUACAUAUAACUACCUCCAUAAAUUUAACAAAACGGCAGCAAUGCGUUAAAGUGUAUUGUUAAAAAAAAAGCAAAGUGUGAAAACUUGCUUUCACCUUCGGCCAUGGUGUUGUGUGUGUGCUUGUGAGAUUGCAGUGUGGUCUCAUGAUUUCUUUUUCAUGACUAUGGUUUGCUUUGGCGCCCUUAUUAGGCUUCCAGAUGUAACCCUGUCUCUCCUCCCUACCCCGCAAAAGCGUGCUUGAUUUUGUUACGAAUGAAUGAACGGAAGUCUAGGAUUCUUGUCUCCCACCCACCCCACCACGCCUGCUAGGAGAUCUCACCGGCAGAGUCUGCUGGCAAACCAGAGCUUAGUAAGCGUUCUGCUCCUGUCCAAGUCUGGUGUGAAUUCUCGUUUUCCAGUAACAGGAGACGCGCAAGGCACGUGGGACUGCCGACUUUGAAGCACUUUGGGCCUCUCUGCCUUCACGUGAAUGCAGCCACAUGGAGCCCCAGUCCACUUGAAUUAAAGAAGCUGUGCCGUGUACUCCACACCUCUGACAAUUCCAUGUUACAUAGUUUGCACAUCUCAGGGGACCUUAAUGAGCAUACGGAAAGGGGGUGGGCGGGGCUUGACACACACAACAAACCAAUCCAAGAGCUAGAAGGGGACAGGCUGGGCAAAAACAACUGCUUUUCUGAUGUGGCGAAGCUCAAGUUCAGGAAGCAGGAAUUGGAAGUUAAUCUGGAGUAACAAUGAUCUGAACACCAGCUGUUCCCAAAUCUCUAUCUCUCUUCUCUUUCUUUUUCUUUUCAUUCCCAACCAGCAUUUCUGAAAUGUAAAUUUAAGUGAAAUUGCAGCUACCACAGGGAGAAGAAACCUGUUCAUUGACAAGGGAAGCACGCCUUGUUUCUUUGUAAGGUCGGCACAGCUUUGUACAAUUCUACCUGGGUAAACCACUUAUCACCAUAAAGUGUACUUGAAAAUAAAGUUUUUAACUUAAAUUAUAGGCAUAUCACUUAUAGUACAAUAGUGAUUUUUUUUUUUAAAGAAAAAAAGCCUCACCAUUUAUAACAUGGUCAAUACAUUUGGGUCUUGAUUAAAAAUCAACAGCCACCGACAAUGACUUUUGCACGGUUUAUUGGGGGAUCUCAUCGUGCUUCCACGGCAUUCAGAUUCACGGUGAACAAAGCAGGGCGUAUUGGUAAUACCCGUACUUGAGUUGAAGAAUCAGCAGGAUUACUUACGAUUACCCAGAAAUACAGUGGCAGCUAUCGAUGAUCUAUUUUCUCUCCGUUGGAUAGACCAUCAUGACAAAUCACUAAAUACAAUGCUAUUUUUCUGAUGUGUGCUAAUAAAGUCAAAGAACAAAAUACAACCGUACACCUUUGUCCAUCUUCAUUCAGACAUUACAGGGUGUUUGCCCUUUGGCACCUCAGUGAUACCUAUCACUGGUAUCAGAUGAUGGCGGGAGACGCACACAGGCACCCAGAAGCCAUUGCAGGCAGAGGUCAAUCUAGACGCACACCCUUGUUUACAGUUUCUUAUUGGGCUUCUCCAAUUCCUGUGCUAAAAUACCAUCUUUCAGGAACAUGACUGCUCCUGGCAGUGGAAGGUGCUGAAACAGAUUUUAAUUAAAAACUUUAUCAAGUACUCUUCACCGUGCUCCUUGGCCUAACAGAAAUUCAGUACGCUCCCCGAGCCUCCUUUGGAGGACCUGGAUUUCCCAGGGAGCUGAUCUAGUUCCAAGUGUUUUUCUCAAGUUAGGAGAUCUGAAAUCAUUGGGGUCACCUGCAGCUACUACAGGCCAGCCAUACAGCCAGCUAGCAGUGGGUCGCACCUCCCAAGAUUCACCCAGACGUGCUUCCUGCCUCUCCCUUCCUUCCCCUCUCCCUUUGCCGAAGGCAACCAGUUCUCGCCUGUUAGUGACUCUUGUGUACAUGGUUUGGGCUUGAGGAAGCUAGAACACAGCAAAAAAGGAAGCCCAAGGCGGUGGAAAACAUCACCUUCCUUUGAGUGAGUGAAAUAUGGGCAGGAAGGAGGUCACACUCGUCUCUGCCAAGGAUGAUCCGAAAGGAAGUCAGCUGUCUGAAGGAGACCGUCACUAUUUUCCCAUGGGUUGUGGGCUAGGAGGCAGGGGCAGUUCCAUCGUGUCCUAUAGUGUUUCUGAGUCAGAAUCGACUUGAUGGCAGUGGGUUUGGAAAUUUGAGUUAUUUGGUUAUCUAUUUACAUGUAUAAAUUCACUCUGAAAUUUCCUGUGGGCGUCGGCAUAGACCCCCGGUGUCUCCCUGAUGAAGUUGGUCUCUGCAGCGGCCCAGAGAGAAAUUCUCCCCCAGUUGGCCCUCCAACAUAUCACCAUUUUAACAAUUGUCCUAUGAUUUGCAAGAUUCAGAAUUCCGCGAGGUGCAAAAGGGACUAAACCUUCUUAUGACUGUAUAUUUACCAGGUAGAGGGCUUUCAUUGCAAAUGAUUGGCUUCAGAUGUGAACGCACCUAGCACCAGGCCAACAGAGGGAGGCGGUGUUUGCCCCGUGAGGCUGCAAUGAUUCUGGAAGCAGAUGUGAAGCUUGACCAGGCUCCCUGUCCAAAGGCUGACCUUGACGCCCCGACCCCUUGCUCCCACCAAAAAGAGGCACCAGAUCUGAGAGCCCCUCCUCUAUACAGCCUCUGCAGCUACAGGAAAUGCACCCGGAAGUCCACUCUCAGCCGCCGCUCGACUUCCUUUCCUUAGAGCUCCUUCCCCUCCUCCUCCUGCCUCUUUCCCCACCGAGAUGCAGAUACACCGCCGUGCGUUUCCACAGCGGAAGGGCAGAAUCCUGUGUAGUAUUGUGCACACAGGCUGGGUUAGGAAGAGAGCCACCCUAACGUCACCUUCAUGUAAGUAUUGACGGCUACAAACUUGGGUCCUUCGAGUAGUGGACACAUACUGCUUUCUAGAACAGAAUGAGAUUUAAACAUUACCUUUAAAGGGGUCAUAAUUCUGCAGGUACCGUUCUCUGAAUGGCUGAAUGUGACUAUUGCAUUAGGGUAGAUGAAUUAAAACGUGCAAGUGGGAUUUACUGUAUGUUAGAAAGGAGUUUUGCAGCCAAGACUGCCUUGAAUAAAACGUGUUUGCACUGAAAAAAAAAUUAAAUUACUUGGUCUCUGGUUGCUGUAAAGGUCAUCCAAGAUGGAUGUUCUGUUUAUAUUGUAUAGUAUUUCAUAUGAAAUAAUUACAGUUCAUGAGAUGUCUUCCCUAAUGUUACUGAUUUAUAACAGCACAUUUGUAACAUGGUUUUUAUCGUGUCAGUGUACCAUAUUGUAAAUGAUGAUUACUUGUCAUGCUUAGUAUAAUAACUUAAAAGAAAAAAAAGGACAGGGAUUUUUGUAAGUCUAUAUUUGAAAGUCCCUCCAUAUGGUAAUAUUGUGUUCAUCUUGUUUAUGUAGUAUUGUGUGAAAUAUCCAUUUUGGAUUGUGUUACUUUUUAAGAUAUUAAAUAACAUUUGGUUAUA